AUGGAGAAGCCGCUCUUUACUACGUCUAUGCUCACGGCUUUACCUGAUAUCAAUGGCCGCAAUGCCUACCUGGCAUUCGACAAGACAGUUGUGUUACGACAAGUGUUGCGUCAGCAGGGCGAAGAGCAGGCUCCUUUUCGCACUGCUCUUCAGAGCCUACGUAUAAAUGCUCCUACUGUCCUAGACUGGGAGCUGCUCUGCACCCGCGUCCAGGCCAAUCUGACCUUAGCCGAGGUUACGUGCUUUGACGGGGCAGUACGCAUCUACACAACGAAUGCCCAGGUUCGGGCAACAAAUUUACCCAUUUGCAUUGGGGCAAGAGUUAUGUUGACUGAGAACGUCUGGACUGAUGUUAGCCUUGUUAAUGGUGCACUGGGGACCAUAUAUGACUUUGCCUAUGAGGAUCACGUACAGGAUCCUCAAGCUCAUCAUCCCUUUGUCAUUAUGGGUAGUAUGCCCUGCUCUCGCACUCAGUUUCCCUUGACAAUUGCAUAUAGCAUCACUGUGCACAAGGCACAGGGUGCUACGCUUGAAUGGGUUGUUGCCGAUAUAUCCCAUCGCGAUUUCCAGUCUGGCCUCACCUACGUCGCCGUCUCGCGCGCCAAGACGUUGAAUGGCAUCAUGUUUGAUGCGUCCUUUGAUCUCAAUGAUAUCCGGCGUCGCACGGAUGGCUCUAUGGCUGCUCGGGCUGCUGACGCUGCCCGGCGUGCUGGCCAGGUUGUGACUGCCCAGGAAGCAUUGAAUUGA